AUGACUAAAAAUCAAACUGCCGUUCAUCGGUUGAGGUUUGUCCCAUAUACUCCAGGUAAUAUAACCGCACUUGCAUUUUCUCAUAAUUCUACAACAAAACUUACACCAAGUGAUUUAAGAUUGGCUCUAGGAAGAUCUGAUGGUAAUAUAGAGAUUUGGAACCCCAGAGAUAGUUGGUUUCAAGAGCUUGUUCUCCAAGGUGGCAAGGAUAGGACCAUUGAAGGUCUUUGCUGGUGUAAUGUUCCUGGGGAGCCAUUGAGGUUAUUUUCUAUUGGAGGUUCAACUGUUGUUACUGAGUGGGACUUUACUACUGGUUUGCCUAUAAAAAAUUAUGACUGUAAUUCGGGUGUUAUCUGGUCAAUUGCCAUCAAUGAAUCAAAUAACAAAUUAGCAGUUGGUUGUGAUAAUGGUAGUGUUGUAUUAAUUGACAUUUCUGGAGGCAGGGGAAGCUUGGAACAUGACCGUAUUCUAACCAGACAGAAUUCCCGUGUUUUAGCUGUGACCUGGGUCAAGGAUGAAGGCGUUAUUGGAGGGUGCUCCGAUGGAAGAAUAAGAAUUUGGUGUGCGAAAGUGGGUAGUCCAGAUAUAGGUAGAUUACAGCAUACUAUGAAAGUAGAUAAGUCUAAAAAGGAGUCAACUCUAGUUUGGUCGGUACUAUAUUUGCCAAUAACAAACCAAAUAGUUUCGGGAGAUUCCACUGGUUCUGUUAAGUUUUGGGAUCACCGCUAUGCUACACUUGUGCAAUCUUUUAAAGUACACCAAGCAGAUGUUUUGUGUUUGACUGCAGAUCUGGCAAACAUGAAGGUUUUCAGUGCUGGGGUUGAUAGGAAAAUUUACCAGUUUACAAAUGCUCCUUCAGGUGGUACAAUGAAAUGGACACCCUCUUCUAACAGGCUUUUCCAUUCGAAUGAUAUUAGAUGUAUGGCAUCCUACCAAUCCAAGGGGUGUGAUUUCAUUGUAUCUGGAGGCGUUGAAAAAUCUCUUGUGAUCAGUCCUUUGGACUCAUUUUCAGAUGGUAACUAUAGAAAGAUGCCCUUGGUUGCUCCAUUUCGUAAAAACGCUUUGAUAAAUCAAGCUCGGCGUUUAGUUGUUUCAUGGCAAGAGAAUAUCGUUAAAAUCUGGCAGAUAGGAGAUGAUUUAUCAGCAGAAAAGAACUACAAACUAGUUUCUAAGCUAGUGUUGAAAUGUGAGCAAAAUAUUGCUUCAUGUGCUUUAUCACCUAAUGGUGAUGUUCUUGUUGUUGGCCAACCAUCCAUGACAAAAGUAUUUCACUUACAACCCACAGAAACGAAGUUGAAGGUUACCAAAUUAGAUAAUGACCUUCUAACAAUUACAGGCUGUAAGUUUGUGCAAUUUGUUACCAACUCAAAAGUAAUUCUUUGUACAAGCGAUGAUGAGCUAUUUACUGUGGAUCUAGAAUCUGAUGAAGACGAGACAAAACAAGUAAUUGAACUACUGGAUGUACAGCAAACAAUGACGAGCAUUAAAUUACCAUAUAUCAACACUGUUAAUCACUUGCAUGUAAAUGGUGGAUCGUUGGCUGUUAUUUCUAGAGUGUGUGGUGCAGUUGAUUUGGUCGAUUUAGAAACUGGUCAUGUAAAGCCAUUAAUCCGUCUCAUGAACUUUAUUACUGCUAUCGCUUUCACCAAUAGGAACACUGUACUAUUAAUUACAUCAGAAAAUAAGCUGUAUGAAUUCAACACAAACUCAGAUGGUAACUUAUUAACUUCUUGGUGUAAGAAGAAUGCCGAAAACCUACCCUCAGAGUUCAUCCAACUAAAGGACAAAUGUGUCAGUAUCUUCCCUGAUAUGCAAAACAAAAACAAGGUCUGGUUUUGGGGGGCUUCCUGGUUGGCAAGCUUAGAUCUCAGUAUUGAUCUACCUGUCAGCAAGAGAAAGAAAGCGAAGAAACAUACUCGUGAUGGUUUGACUAUUAACGAUGAGAGCAAUUUCAUCAACGAUGGAGCUGCUGAAGAAGAAGACGAUGAUUUAGAACUGGCGGAAGAGUUUCUCAGUAAAUCAGAUGGCUCGAAGCCACACGGCAAUUUACAAUUGGAAAACAAGAACAGUGCGAACUUUUUCUUUACUGACAAAUAUAGGCCUAUAUUAUUCGCCGCAUUACUCUCUGAAAAUGAAAUAGCAAUUAUAGAGAGGCCUGCAUUUAUGGUUACACAACCACCUUCAUUCCAACAACAAAAAUUGCGUUUUUAA